AUGUCGCACUCAUGGAUCGGCGCGCCCGCCCAAUUCAACGGCACUGAUAGCGUCACUGGUGGUGAUUCUGUCACCGAAAACCUCAACCAAUGGUACCAAUCGGGCGACCAGGCCUACAUCCUCGUGGCUUCGGCCAUGGUGCUGGUCAUGGUACCGGGCCUAGCCUUUCUCUAUUCAGGUCUUGCUCGCAGAAAGUCUGCCCUCUCCCUCAUCUGGGCUUGCAUGUUCUCUGCCUCCGUCAUUACUUUCCAAUGGUAUUUCUGGGGAUACUCCCUUGCUUUUGGUCCCUCUACAAAUGGCUUCAUCGGCAACCUCGACAAGUUUGGCCUCAAGGGUGUGUUGGCUAUGCCCAGCCAAGGAAGUCCUCUGAUUCCUGAGCUGCUAUACUCCUUCUACCAGCUACAAUUCUGUUCCGUCACUGGAGCCAUUGUCGUCGGUGCCGUAGCCGAGCGCGGUCGUUUAAUUCCCAUGAUGAUUUUCAUCUGGCUCUGGGCCACAAUUGUAUACUGCCCUGUCGCAUACUGGGCCUGGAACGCAAACGGAUGGUUCUUCAAGUGGGGUGGAAUGGACUACGCUGGUGGCGGUCCCGUCGAAAUCGUCUCCGGUUGCUCAGCUUUGGCCUACUCCAUGAUUCUCGGACGUCGCCAGGAGAAGAUGAUGCUCAACUUCCGCCCACACAACGUAUCUUUGAUCACCUUGGGAACCGUCUUCCUGUGGUUCGGCUGGCUGGGCUUCAACGGUGGUUCCGCUUUCGGUGCCAACCUCCGUGCCGUCAUGGCCUGCUGGAACAGCAACCUUACCGCCAUGUUCGCCGGUAUGACUUGGGUCAUUCUUGAUUGGCGUCUUGCUCGCAAGUGGUCAAUGGUCGGUUGGUGCUCAGGUGUCAUCUCCGGACUUGUCGCCGCUACUCCCGCUUCCGGUUUCAUUCCACUUUGGGCCAGCGUUGUCCUCGGUAUCACUACGGGUAUCGUUUCUAACUUUGCCACUAAGAUCAAGUUCUGGAUCAGGAUCGACGAUUCCCUCGAUGUCUUCGCUGAGCACGGUAUCGCCGGAAUGGUCGGCCUCUUCUUCAAUGGUCUCUUCGGUGCCGACUAUAUCAUCGGUCUGGACGGUGUCAACAAUGGACUUACAGCUGGUGCCAUCACAGGCGAGGGAGCCGCAGUCUACAAGCAGAUUGCUUACAUCUGCGCCUGCACUGCCUACUCCUUCGUUGUCAGCGCCCUCCUCGCUUUCGUCAUCGACAAGAUCCCUGGUCUCCAGUUGCGCGCAUCUGAGGAGGCUGAACUCCUCGGUAUGGACGAUGACCAGCUUGGCGAGUUCGCAUACGAUUACGUUGAGGUUCGUCGUGAUUACCUUGCCUGGACACCCGCCAAGGGCGAGCCCAUUGACGGAGAACACUCCGUACCCCAAGGCGACCGCCACGGCAUCCCACAACACAGCCAAAUGCUCGAGGGCAAGGCACCUUCAGAAAACUCCAGCAACGAGCACACUGGUAUUGGAGGCGAUAGGCACGCCAUGGCCAUGGGUGCUGAGCACCAAAACGAGAAGCAGGUGCAUACCUAAGCUUUCGCUUGUUUGGAUUUCUGCUUGAGGCUGCUUUGAGUAAAUUGUUUCGAGAUACCACUUGCGCUUCCGUCAUUGAGCAGUGCCUUUUUUCUUAUAUAUAUAUCUUUUAGACCCAGUGUACGAUUAUCACCUUGUUCACGCAUGUGCAUAUAAUUGAAUGUAUACAUCACAUCAA